CCGUUUAUCCUUCGGCCCACCAACCGUGCAGACAGUCACGGACGGCUCAGAUCGAGCGCCGCUGCCGCGCCCACUCCUCGCCCCCGCUACAUAAAGGGCACCCAUCGCACCACGCUGCCCUCUCGCUCAAAACCCUAGCCCUCGCGCCGCCGCCGCCGCCCGCGAGCUCGCGCCACAACGCAACCAUGAAGUUCAACAUCGCGAACCCGACCACCGGGUGCCAGAAGAAGCUCGAAAUCGAUGACGACCAGAAGCUGCGUGCCUUUUUUGACAAAAGGAUCUCCCAGGAGGUCAGUGGUGAUGCUCUGGGUGAGGAGUUCAAGGGUUAUGUCUUCAAGAUCAUGGGUGGUUGCGACAAACAAGGCUUCCCAAUGAAGCAAGGAGUGCUAACUUCUGGGCGUGUUCGCCUUCUGCUCCACAGGGGCACUCCAUGCUUCCGUGGAUAUGGCAGGCGUGAUGGUGAGCGCAGGAGGAAGUCAGUCCGUGGUUGCAUUGUCAGCCAGGACCUAUCUGUUAUCAACUUGGUGAUUGUCAAGAAAGGUGAGAAUGAUCUACCUGGUCUCACCGACACUGAGAAGCCCAGGAUGAGGGGACCCAAGAGGGCCUCUAAGAUCAGGAAGCUCUUCAACCUUUCCCAUGAUGAUGAUGUGCGCAAGUAUGUUAACACAUACCGCAGGACAUUCACUACCAAGAAUGGCAAGAAGGUGAGCAAGGCUCCUAAGAUCCAGCGGCUGGUGACUCCCCUGACCCUCCAGAGGAAGCGUGCUAGAAUCGCCGACAAGAAGAAGAGGAUUGCCAAGAAGAAGUCUGAGGCCGCAGAGUACCAGAAGUUGCUCGCACAGAGGCUCAAGGAGCAGAGGGAUCGCCGGAGCGAGAGCUUGGCGAAGAGAAGGUCCAAGCUUUCCACUGCCGCCAAGGCCUCUGCUGCUACCUCCGCUUAAGAAUGUUCAGAGCUUGAGAUGUUUUAAGGCCUACUUAUUGACAGAUUAAGAACCUCAUGCACUGCGUUGGAUCAGUCGACCCUCUACUUGGCUUUCUCGAGUAAUUGUUGCAAUUUUGCAUGAACAUGAUACAAUUUUUUCGGAGUAUUGGAUGUUUACUAUGUUGGUUUCUACUGUGAAAGUUGAACCGUCAGCUAGCCUUAUUCUACUAAUGUGAUUUUGCACUUCCGACUGUA